GCGCUAUCUAGAACUUUCCGGAAAAGCACCGGAUAUUGCGUAUGAGCAACAUGGAUGUGUUUGUGACUGAUGUGUUUCACCGUUCACAUUGUUUAAGUCUCUCUUUUGGGGCCACUGUUUGGGAUUUGAUUCAUGUUUUCUCAAGAGAAAGCGGAAUCCCGUCUACCGAGUUUUACGUCAAGGCCAAUGGCCGUCUCUGUGACGCGAAAGAUGGAUUACAAGAUGGAGCUUUUUACAGACUGGAGCCUCGGCUGUGCGGCGGCAAAGGAGGCUUUGGGUCCAUGCUCAGAGCUCUCGGAGCUCAGAUCGAGAAGACGACCAACCGCGAGGCGUGCCGUGACUUGAGCGGCCGGCGUCUCCGUGAUGUCAACCACGAAAAAGAAAUGGCUGAGUGGCUGAAGAAGCAGGCGGAACGCGAGGCGGAGAAGGAGCAGAGGCGGCUGGAACGACUACAGCGCAAGCUGGCCGAACCCAAGCACCACUUCACUGACCCCAACUACGAGCGGCAGUGCCAUGACCUGGCAGAGCGCCUGGAGGACUCUGUCCUGAAAGGUAUGCAGGCUUCAUCCAGUGGGACUGUCAGAGCAGAUGAGGAACCCAGCAGGAAGAGACUCGCCACAAGUCAAGACCAGAUACCCAAGAAGAGGAAAUGCUUUUGGUCUGGAGUAGGUGGUUUGGAGGAGAUGCUGAGCUCUGAUGACAGCGACUCUAGCGAGGAAGACUCUUCUCCUUCCACUUCCCCUGGCACUAGUUCGAGAGGAGCGAGUUGCAGUAAAAUGAGUACUGUGGAGCAGAGCCAAGAGGCCAGUUCCAGUUCCAGCCCAGGGCAGGAGUCCCCACAGGGCAGCCCACCCGAAAAACACAAGGAGGACCCAGGCUCUCCUCUCCAGGCUGAGCUGCCCGAGACAGACCAAGACCCCGUCAUUCCCACUGUAGUGUCGUCAAAGGAGCUUGAGAACGCAGCUGUGGGGACCACGGAGAUGGCGGCUGCCCCCGAGAGCGCGGCGGCUGCCCCCGAGAGCGCGGCGGCUGCCCCCGAGAGCGCGGCGGCUGCCCCCGAGAGCGCGGCGGCUGCCCCCGAGAGCGCGGCGGCUGCCCCCGAGAGCGCGGCGGCUGCGGGGGACGCUCCGGAAAAAGCCAUCUCGCCACCACCCCAGAGUGAAAGCCCUGAGCCUGCUGUUGUCGGACCUGUCGAUCUCCUGGCUUUCGGCAGCGUGGAGGAGCUGGAAGCGCUGGGAAUGGACCAGCUGAAGGCUGAGCUCACAGUGCUCGGGGUGAAAUGUGGAGGGACCCUCCAGGAGAGGGCUGCCAGGCUGUUCUCUGUCAGAGGCGUCCCCAGAGACCAGAUUAACCCCGCCCUCUUGGCUAAGCCCAAUAAGGGCAAGAAAAAAUGAAACUGUAGGCUGCUUACAGUGUAUGGCUUGUACAUUAUUUUACACGAAAUUCAGCUGGAAUACAGAAUUGAUAUCAAGGUUGGCAGUCUUGUGCUCUGACCACUCUGAUGUCUGGAGGAUUUUUUUGUAUUGUACUGUAUAUUUGUACUUGUGUAUUUCCAUUUCUCAGUAUUUUACAUGCACCCCAACUGCGAAUUACCAAUAAAGGACAAUGAUCACUGUUA